UGUGUCUUUUUGCUUUGCUUACUUCCUGCAGGCGUCUAGUCGAGGGGGGCGGGGCUGCUGGCUCUCUGCAAAAUGGAUGUUUCUGCUCUAGCACCAUGAGCUCUGUCAGUGUGACAUGAUGUUACUGUACACCCUAGCCCUAAAUUCUCUGACAACUGUGAUGACUGUUUAGAUAUAUUGAAACAGCACAACUUAUGUCUCAAUAUCAAAAUUAAUGGCCUGCUGGAGCUCUUCCUACUUCCGUUUCCUUCAUCCAACAUCCAUCUGCCAUUAUGAGCGUGUACACUGAGGGGUUGGCUGUAAAGAGAAACCUCGACGCAUAAGACCGAGCAAGGAACACGAGGAACGUGACCAGCUUUACCAGAGAGCUACUCACUGCCAAACUUUCUCGAGUUGACACAGCAACUUUCCAAGCACAGGAAAAUGCUAGAUGAAACUCCCAGCACCUGUAAAACCGUCCCAUUUGGAAUCCAAAAACAAGAAACAAUAUGAGGAACAGACAAGGAAGAUGAAAACCAUAGCUUACUAACUAUGCUUUAAUUUUCAUAUCUGUCCACCAACAGCUGCAAACAAGAGGUGUCAGUCUAGAAGAGUCUAAGAGGUAAACAGAUGUGUGUCCCAAAUCAGCAGAUGAUAGAGGUUAAUGGGGGUGUGAGUACCAUUUAGUAUUGUAUUUCUUGCAGACAAAGCAAUUUACACCUCUAGUAGUGUGAGGAUGUCUUGUUUAUGCUAUCAGCUGGUUUAGUAGGGAUUGAUUCCCCCAUGUUAUCAAUCAGUGUAAUGGUAUUCAUUGCUGUUAGUACGUCAUCUGCAAAUUGAGUGACGUAGAUCUUUGUUUACAUAGACAGAUAAAUUAGCUUGAGGCAAUUAAUGUCAUGAAUAACAUUAGCGAGUAGCAAGUGUAAAAACAGCACUUUUCUUUCUUUUGUUUAGUUUCAACAGAGUUGAGAGCUAGCUGGAGCUAGCUCAAGAGCAACUUGAUUAAGAAGCUUGCUUCAGCUACAACAGUGAGCCAGUGUGUGUGUUAGUUCCUGCUAGUCAAGAGUCUCGUGCAGUAUCUGGAACAAUGAAUGCAGUGAUUGAAGACACCAUUGAAGACGAAUCUCAACCUAUGGAGGACAUCCCAGAAUCAUCAUCGUCGUCUUCUUCAAGUACUUCAUCUGAUGAAUCGAUGUCUGACAGCAGCAGUAAAGGAGAUGAUGUCGUUUCGCUAGAAGAGACUAGUCCGUUACCGUACAUCAUACAGCAACACCCGGGUAUGGAGAUGGUCAACACUUUCCACGCCCGUACAAAGAGCAAUCAUAAGCUUCUCCCUCAGAGAGUGUUUAGUGAGGAAAGAAAUGGAAAUCGAAUCUCAGCAAUCCUCGAGACAGCAGAUCUGUGGAAACAGUUUAACGAUAUUGGAACGGAAAUGAUAGUAACAAGACGUGGAAGGCGAAUGUUUCCACCGCUCAAAAUCCAACUCCUAGAUCUGGACCCAAAAGCCAGCUACGUUCUACUCAUGGACAUAGCUCCGUGUGAUGAGUAUCGAUACAAGUUUCACAAUUACUCGUGGCAGCAGUGUUUCAAGGAGGACUGCUCAGCCACACGCUACUAUGUUCAUCCUGACUCUCCAGCCCUGGGGGCUCACUGGUUGAAAUCCAUCAUCAGCUUCUAUAAACUGAAAUUAACAAACAACCAAUUGGACAAACUUGGAAAUAUAAUUGUGAACAGUAUGCACAAGUACCAGCCGAGGCUGCAUAUUGUAGAGGCCAGCUGCACGGAUGUGGAACUGCUCAGGCACAAAGAGUUCCAGACUAUUAUUUUCCCUGACACACAAUUCAUGACCGUCACCGCCUACCAAAAUGAUAAAAUUACACAGCUCAAGAUUAACAACAACCCUUUUGCGAAGGGAUUUCGCCAUCCAUUUGCUCGUGUUCGACCUAGAUCAAGAUAUCACAUCAACCAACGGUACGGUUCAACUGGUAGUGAGUCUUCAGUAGAAGAGGGCAUCACUACCUCCUUGUCAGUGAUUCACUCUGGUCCUCACUUUGUCUCUGGCACCAUCAGAAAUGAACAAGAAGUGGUGAGCUUUCCACUCAAAGUCCUUAAAAAACCAAGACAAAGCGAUUCUGACUCCACUGGACAAAGCACGUCAUCUCCAACUCUACUCAACCCACACCACAGUCAACCAAUUGUCUACAACGUUCCCUCCACCGCUUCACCCAUAAGAGUCACUUCAUCACCUCCAUUCAUGCUGAGUCAGCAGAAACCACUCCAGCAACAAAUAUUCAACACUCUCCCAGCCCCUCCUCCUCCACACUAUAGAAAACUCUCUGUUGGCUCGCAUGUUAAGAAACAAAUCAUUCAACCUGAUCCAACGUCUGGACAGAAUCUCCCCGUUUCAAGUAUUUUACCUCCAUCCCACUACGUUAUAAACCCCAUGGCUGCUCCGGUCCAUACUAUGAAUGGAACACCCAAAAACAUUUGUUCUCCUCCAGCUGGUAUUAUGAACGGGCAUUGCCAAGCAGUUCCAAUGAUGAUGAUAAAUGGAUCCAAGUAUCUCCUUUACGUCCCACCUGGUGGAGGUCCCCCAUCACUUGUUCCAAUGCCGUCUGCACCACCUCUUCCUAGCCAUACUGCUGUGUAUACUAGCGCACCUGUUCAACUCAUAAAUACCGCACCGACUGCAACUUCUCAGCCUGCAUUCCAGCUGCCAACAAGAUCCAAAAUUUCACCGAAAUCCACAAAACCUGCACCUCCCCCCCUCUUGUCUAUUAGAUCCGUUAAUUCCCCUACUGUCCCUACAAGUCUCGUCAAGGCAACCCGCUCCCCAACAACUACUGAACACAGUGUCAGUGAAAAACCUGUUAUUUAUUUGCAAUCACCCCCUACAACUUGUCAGAAAUUGUUCAUUUUGCCCGUCAUGUCAAAUUCACAACCAAAAAACGGCACAGUAUUGAUGUCAAGGGAUAGAAAAAUAUCUUCUUCAACUUCUAAGAGCCCGAAGUCAGCAGAGGAGCAUCAGGUGCCUUCUUCAAUGCCUAUUUAUCGAUUUGGUGAUGCUAUUCAUCCUGUACAGUUCAUGAGCUCUCCUCACUUAUCCCCCCUGACUCGUUCUAGCUAGUUUUGUGAUACCUGAUACACACACAGCUAGGAGUGUUUAGUUUUUGUAUCAUGUCUCUGAUUUCAAUUUUUUUAUUACCCCAUCCCUCUUGGUUUGAUUUGCCCCUCAUUGGUUUUGGUUGAUUUGCCCCUGAAGAA